AUGCCUGAUACGAACAUUACGGGUGUAAACUUUCGACAACAGAAUCAGGGAAGAUGCAAUAAACUAGCAACUUUCCCAGGACUUGGUGGAACACUUGAUUGGAAACCGUCACAAGAAGGCUAUGUGUUAGCUGCUCAAAAUGCUGGCAAUUUGUUGAUGCUUUUGACGGGAAUGUGGGCAGAUCGAUUGAAUGGGAAAUGGAUGGUGAUGACGAGUUUGGUUCUUUGUGUAUCAGCAAAUGCCAUUCUUCCAAUGGUUUCUCCGGUUUCUCUUUGGCUGACCGUUUUGUGUCGAAUGGCUGUUGGAGCUGCUGAUGCCUGUUUGAUACCCGCUGCUACUUCACUUGGAAUGAAUGGAAUGACU